UGGCGGGAUUUUUGGUGGGCGUUUCUCACAACGUCUCUUCUGGUCCCUCAGCCAUGCCUGCUUCUGAGGCCGUGCCGCUGCCGUCCCCCAGCAAGAGACAGAAGGGCUCGGGGCCUGGAGAGGCCUCUACGCGGCUCCGCUUCACCAAGCUGUCCGAGAACGCCUUCGCCCCCUCCAGGGGCUCCGCGCGGUCUGCGGGCUAUGAUCUGUAUAGUGCCUAUGACUGUGUGAUACCACCCAUGGAAAAGGCUGUGGUAAAAACAGACAUUCAAAUAGCACUUCCUUCUGGAUGCUAUGGCCGAGUGGCACCACGUUCUGGUUUAGCUGCAAAGCACUUCAUAGAUGUUGGAGCUGGUGUUAUUGAUGAGGAUUACAGGGGAAAUGUUGGUGUGGUACUGUUCAACUUUGGCAAGGAGACAUUUGAAGUUAAAAAAGGGGAUAGAAUUGCCCAGCUCAUUUGUGAACGCAUUUAUUAUCCUGAACUAGAAGAAGUUGAAGCUCUGGAUGAUACAGAACGUGGCGAAGGUGGCUUUGGCUCUACUGGAAAGAACUGAAAAUUACUUGAAUACACUUUCUGUUGUUUUUUUUUUUUUUGUUGCUUUUUUGUUAUACUAUUUCUAACUUUUCAUCUGAAUUAGAAGUAGGAGUACAUAAAAAUAUUUCAAGUUUUAUUGAGACUUCCGUAUAUCUGUCCUCCUGUGAAUUUAUCUGCAUAAUCAGGAACUGUGCAUGACUGGCUUAUCUUACUAGUUGAUGUAUUAUUUUUUCUUUCAAGAUGUUUGGUCCACAGCAAUAAGAACACAUUGUUUGUGUGGCAAUGAUACUGUAAUUAAUGAAAAAAUAACUUAGUG